UCAAUCGUUCAGCCCAAUGUCAAACUCAGUGGAGGUGUUGUACAGCAGAAGCAGGCUGGCAACUUAUCUCCCCGGGCUUAAUGCUUUGGUACAGCAUAUUGCCAGCACCAUGGGCUUUGCUACAAGUGGAUCCGAUGGCUCUGUGGCAAUGGCCACUUCCAUAAAUGGACCACUUACAUUACGGCAUGAUGAAAACAAGGAACCUUUUGGUGUCAAGGACCAGCUCUACUUUAUGCCCGGUAAUAUGGGGUUUGAAUGUCAUUUGCAGGGUUCGGAACAAAAGACAAGACUGAUCAAAAAGAUGGUCCCUGAUCUGCUGCCGACCCCAUCGAGCCCUGAGAAAUGUAUGUCUGGACUGCUUAUCAACGAAUUUUUCGAUGACCCAACCACAAAUCACAAUACCAAUAAAGAAAUAAAUAAAGAAUCUGUGGAGUGUCUCAUCCAGUCAUGCCCUGAAAAACUAAAGCAAGAUCUGAAAUACCUGUUUCCUGAGGCUCCAAGCUCUCAUGUGACUGUGGUCACAGUGACUCAAAAGACAAAGAACGAUAUGACAGCAUGGUGUUCUGCUGUGGAAGAAGAGAGAGAUCACAUGCUUGACAAGAUGAUUCCAUGUCGCUCGAUGAAUGUUGAAGCCGGGAAGCAUGACGGCGCCAUCGGGUACAGCGUCGCAAAGCCAGGGAGCGUACAUUCGCGAGGUGGAUCGACGGGAACGCCAAUCUGUGUCCUCUCGAGUUUCACCUGAAUGCCGGCUCGUUUCCCUCUGUGGCGCCGCUUCCGUCUCCAUGCGCCGAAAACCGCGGACGCCGCUCCAGUGAGUAACUCGGGGAAAAAACUGAGCGGAUAUUCGAAAGUUGGUGACAGAAAGUCCGGAGUAGCCUCCUUGAUGGUUAGCAGGUCUCCCUUUGUGUAAGUGAGUCGUGUAAGGUCUCCAAAGACGGACAAAAACCACAAAAACAAAGACAAUACUAGAGAGUGCGUUACCGAGGUGACCACGCUGGUAGGCGCCAUCUUGAACCAGUGAAGUAAGUUUGAAUUAACUUUAAAACACUGUAGUAAAGACUGAGUAGUAACUCAGGCAUAUCACAGUUUACAGUCUGUUUACAUGCUGUAGCAAAGACUGAGUAUGCGCAGACAUUUCUUUGAAGGUGGUCAGCUAGAAAUUUUAAAAUGUAUUUGCUACUGUUUAUAAGAACAGCGGAUACAUGGCUGAAAAGUAUUGUUGUUUCUUAAGGAUGACUUCCCAUAAACAUUAGAGGAAUCCCCUGAGGAAUUAUAGGAAUUUGUAACACUCAGUUUUCUAUGCUCAACACGGCAUGACGAGAAGGCUCCUGUAAUCUUAUGGACGCUAAUUGGAAAUGUGACAAAUACGCCCCUAAUGGAAGAACUGUAGAGGUGCAGGUGCGUGCUCUGUUUAUGUUGCUGUAUGGAUAGAUGAUGACAUCACUGUGACUGUUCAGGACUGAACAUGUCUAGACAUGCCUUUAGUGGAGUUGAGGUGAUAUAUUUAUGAUUGUUUAUAAGAACAUAUAUGUUAAUUGACAUAAACAGACCACUUUCAGAUGUGAGAAAAAAAGGACCUUGCACAGGAAUAUAUUUAAUCUUUCUGACACGAAUCUUCAGAUCUGUGUUGAGAAUGUGUGGAUAUGUUAUUGGCGGGGGCCGCUAGGGGGAAAGAAGCCCCUUGCAAGGUGCUAGGGGUGUAUGCAAUUUCAAAAGGGGGCCCUCUUGGCGAAAUGUCUAUUCCCUAAGGACGUAAAUAAUUUCCCUGGGAAUUCCAGGGGUUAGGGUUACGGCUCGCGGCAACGUCAUAUCCGGUUAGAUUUCCGGCAACAACCGAUGACAUCACACCAAGACGUCAUUUCCCCCGCCCCAUUUCAGGUGAUGCCACUUCCGGUUCCGGCAACAUAACGUCCGGCAACAACCAAUAACGCCACGGCCGAUGAAGCUACUUCCGGCCAUCCAUCAUUUUGAAAGAAGUUGGAUACUAUUAUUUUUUGACGAGGCAGUCCUCUAUCUGCUGCAUCAUCCGGCCUCUAUUACUAUGAGAGAAGCUCAGCAAGAUGGGUGUGAAUCCCUCCUUCACGUCCUGGAUUUUGGACUACCUGACGGGAAGACCACAAUUUGUCAGGCUGGCGGGCUGUGUUUCUGGGAUAAUAGAGAGCAGCACUGUGACACAGCAGGGGACUGUGCUGGCUCUGUACCUAUUCAUCCUACGUACCUCGGAUUUAAUUACAACACACAGAACUGGUUCAUCAUAGAUAGUGUGUGUGCACUAUCUGCUUCAGUACUCAAAUGAUACAGUACUGUGAUUGUGGCAUGUGUGAGGAAAGGAUAUCGAUUUUCACUGGGCAAGGCCACCUCUGCUGGCAGUCAAUAUCUGGGGUCAGGACACCAAGGUGGUGCAUACCUACAUAUACCUAGGUGUGCACCUGGAUGACAAUUUUGAGUUGUUCACGAACAUGGAUGCACUGUACAAGAAGGGCCAGAGCAGGAAGUUCUACUUGUUCCUCUGAUGUCUGCAGGGAGAUGCUGCUCAUGUUCUUCCGGUCAGUGGUGGCAAGCGUGCUGUUCUAUGCUGUGGUCUGCAGUGUUUACAUCAUCACAGAGAGGGACACCAGGAGGCUGUACAAAGCUUGUUAAGAAGGCUGGCUCAGUGCUUGGGAGGAGCCUUGACUGCCUUGAUACCGUGGCGGAGAGGCGGAUGCAGGACACGCUACCCUCUCUUCACCUUUCCCUACUGGGGUGGCAGAGCAGCAGUCUCAUCUCAAUAAACUACUGACUAAGUGCUUCAGGAGGUCCUUUGUCUCAACAGCUUUUAAUUGAGGGCAGUGGCUCAAGACUGGGUAUCAUUUAUUUACUUCUGCCAUUUGGACUCAGUGGUUUAAUACUGGCUGUCUCUUAUAAGGUUCGGGUGUCUUUAUAGGGUGUACUGUAUGUAUACAUGUGUAUGUGCAUGUAUGUAUUUUGGUCCAAAGACUGUAAACUGAUAUGCCUGAGUUUCCCCAGUAAGAUUAAUAUAGUAGCCUGCCUACCUCUAUUUGUCAUUCUGUCGGUCUAUCUUUGUCUGUCGGUCGGCCAGUCAUACAUACGCAUGCACGCACGUGCACACACACUAUCUAUUUAGUUAUUUUAAUAAAUAAAUACUGAACUGUGU